GAGAAUCUCUGCAUUGGUUUGGGAAGUAAGAUAUAUUGAAAGCAAUGCUAGGACCUUCAAUGAACCUGGGAGUGCUAUUGCUAGAGCUGCAAAAAAGAUCACUACCCAGCUCUUAAAGUUUAUCAAUGAUCAGAACUGUACAAACAUUUUUGAACUAUGUAGCACAACAGAUGAUGAACAAGAUUGUCUUGAUGCUGAUCUGGAUGAUGAAAAAUGUCUUCCAAGAACAUCAUACAGAAGAAGAAAAGGCCGGGGCUUUAAAAAAGGAAAAAGCAUGAAAGCUGGCUAUGAUGAAACCUGCUGGAAGAAGCAGUGUAUGGAGCUGGUGAAUUUAAUUUUUCAGUGUGAAGAUUCUGAACCUUUCAGACAGCCAGUUGAUUUGGAUCAGUAUCCUGAUUACAGACAUAUUAUAGACACUCCAAUGGACUUUGGUACAGUGAAAGAAACUCUGGAAGCUGGAAAUUAUGACACUCCAAUGGAACUGUGCAAAGAUAUAAGGCUAAUAUUUAGUAAUGCAAAAUCUUAUACUCCAAACAAAAAGUCAAAGAUUUAUAGCAUGACCUUGAGAUUGUCAGCACUAUUUGAAGAGAAAAUAAGAAGAAUUGUUUCAGAUUUCAAAAAUGGUCAGAAACAGAAUGAAAAGCUACAAAGAAACCAGAGGUAUACUAGACGGUUGCAUAAUCAAAGCUCAGUGCAGCAACCUACCAAGAUGCUCAGAAAUCUGAAGCAGAAACCGUUAAAGUCUCAGGCAAAAAUUGAAUCUGAGCAGGAAGAUUCUUCUACUCAACCUACCUCAAGCAGAGCUGCCUGUGUUGUGAGCCAUAAAUCAAAUGCUGGCAAUUACAACCAUAGCUCUUCUGGUGAAUCCUCUGAUUCUGCAUGCCUGGCAUCCUUUGAAAGGAAUGGAAAAGCUAGAUCCACAACACUAACAAAUUGUUCUGCAUUAUCAUCAGAAAGUGAAAUAGAAGGUUCUUUGGCUUCUUCAUCUACUUCAUCUUCUACAAGUAGCUCAGAAGACAGCAAAGAAAGCUCUACAGCUCUUGUGUCACCUCCUCUACACAAUGGUAUAUGUAGAAGAAAGAACAGCAAUCGUAGAAUAACUAGAAAUCGAGCUGCUCAGAGAAAGCAAACAGGAGCACCUCUUCAGGAGAAUGGAAAUACAAGGAAAACUGUCAGAAAAAGGUUAUAUGGAAGUGAUUCUGAAAAUACUUCAGUGGUGACAUCCAAGUCACACAGUAACAGUACUGGUAGACAUAGAAAAACUCCACGCAGAAGUGCUGCUGUGGCUGCUAAUAAGUUAAGGCUAAUGAGUGAUGUGGAGGAAGAGGUUUCAAGCUCAGAAAGUAUUGGCAUAGGGUGCAAAAACAGAAAACUGCCUCACCGAAAUGCCUCAGCUGCAGCCAGGCGAAUGUUACUGGAGGGGUCUGAGGAUGAUGUAGGCCUAAAGUCUGAAAGUGAGAAAGAAAUAGAAGAGCAGCUUACUAAGAAGAAAAGCCUUUCUCAACCUGGUUCAUCAGCUCCACGAAGAAGAUUUGUUAGUGAAUCUGAUAAUGGAACUUCAGAUUCUGAGACAGACAUACAGAUGAAACAGAAAAACUGGCAGAGCAAUGGUCAUAAACAGUUACGUGGGACAGUCCAUUCUGUAUCUCCCAGAAUGAAAAGUCCCACUCUAGACUUUUCGGAGGAUGACUCCAAAAGCCGUAAUUCAGAGGAUGAGAGCAGUCAGAAAGUUUCUGACCAGUCAACCUCUGCACAUAAUAAGCCUGCAGUGAGCAACUCUGAGGAUGAAGUGGAUUCUGAAUUGGAUAGAUGGAGUGGCACAACAGCAACUGGUCUGCAGUUUAUUGCGCCUUUAAAAAAAGCAAAAGUCUUGAGUGACUUAGAGGACACAGGAGAAUCUGAAACAGAAGACAAAGAGGACAGGAGAAGUUUUGUCUCUGAGAACUUGGUGCCAACUAGAAUUGUAAGGAGUUCAAAAUCUGGAGCUUGUGCCAGUUUCAGUCAAGUUUCUGGUACAGAAUCUGAGACAGAUUCCAAAAAUAGUAAUUACUGUGAAACUUCUUCAAAAACAAGAAAAAGGAAGAGAAAAGGAAAAACAAAAAUAAUUAGAAAAGAAUCAGUAUCUGAGGAGACCGGACAAAGUGCGAAAGUGCUCAGGAGCAGGACAUGUAUCAUUAACUACAAGAAGCACAUAAAGCUGUCUAAUGAGAAGAAGAAUCCACGCAGAUGUGCCACUUUGGCAGCUAAUAAAAUUAAGAUAAUGAGUGAUACAAAGGAGGAAUUAUCAAGCUCAGAAAGUGUUUGCACAGUAAAAAAGAACAGAAUGCACCUUCAUGGCAGUGUGUCCACAGCAUCCAGAAAGAAAGUGAUCAGCAGCUCAGAGGUAGAUGGUUGCUUAAAGUCUGAAAAUGAAAAAGAACAGCUUUCUGGCAGAAAAAAACUUUCCUGCCCUGAAUCAUCUGCUCCUAAAAGAAAAUACAUUAGUGAGUCUGAGAAUGAAAAAACAGAGUCUGAAGCAGAGAUAAAAGUAACUCGGCACCAGAAUGCUAACUGCAAGAAGGCAUGCAAAACUGUCUGUUCUGUAGCUCUUGAAAAUCUUGAAUUCGACUCUUUAAAGGGCAAUUCCAUAAACCACAAGAUGGAAAAUGGGAGAAACUGGAGAAGUUCUAAUCAGUCAGCUUCAGCCCACAACCAUUGUACAAGCAAUUCUGAAGAGGAGGUUGAUGCUGACUUAGCUAAACACGAAACUAAAAAUAUCGAAGUAUCAAAUAAAAGAACUGGAGCUUCCUUCAAAAGAUCAAAAUUAUUGGAAGACUUCAAAGAAUCAUCAGAAUCUGAAACAGGGGGGAAGAAAGAUGAAAAAAGCUCAGCAUCAGAAAAUGUGGAAGCACCUGGGACUGCAGGGAUUUCAAAAGCCAGUUUCAGUUGUUCUUCUGAUUCAGAUUCUGGAACUGAUAACAGUAUCUACAGUGAUGCCACAGAAACAAAAAAGAGGAAAAGGAAAUUGGAAGGGAUUAGAAAAGAGGUUACUAGUUCCAACUCAGUGAAGCCUUCCAGGAGACCACAGAGAAGGAAACGUUGGAAACCUAACAAAGAAAAUGACUCUGAAGAUCUGGAUUACACCAAAUAUAGAAGAGCUAAUCGGCGCUCUAAGAUAAGAACUCGGAAUGGAGGUAGACGGACUGUGAGAUACAAUGACUGUGAUGACGAUGAUGAUGACAGAGGUUUAGAUGAUGUAGAUUGUGAAACGUAACCUUAAAAGGAAAAGCCAGCCCACUUUUUUUUUGUCUUUUUUGUUUUUUUUUUUUUUUGUAAUAGCACUAGAACUCAUGAUGGAUGCUGGCUCUUCUUUGUCCUACAUUUCAGGGAAUAUAUUUAUAUUUUUCUAUGAAAAAGUUAUGAAUGUGAUUAGAUGAUGACUUUCUCCUUUUCAUAUUUUGACUUGCACUUGCCUGCCCAUGUAGCAGCAUUUAGCACAGAUGCCAAAAUGUGCCUCAUUAUAGGGGCAAUUUUUUGUCUUUACUGGUAUUUUAUUACAUAUAACAAGAGUUUAAAAAAAAAUUAAAACACUGCGCAACAGGUUAAUAGCAGUAUGUUGAGUAUUAUUGUUAUGGGUGCUGCAAUGGAAUACUACCUAGGUCAUGCAACAUUCAAGAACAGAUUUCAAACAUCUCUAAUGCUGUAUGAAAUCAUAUACAAUAGGAACAGGCUUAUACAUAAUGCUAUACACUAUAAAAAUCUAGUGGAUGCUGGCAUUGCAUCUAAAAAGUAACGAAUGGUCACUAGGCUAGUAACUUUACAACUUGUGUUAGUACAGACGUUAAAUGUUCUGUAUGUGCAUUAUUGGUAACUGCAACCAGAACCAGUUACCAGUGAAAAAGCAUAGUUGCUGGUUGCAGAGGCAUGUUAUUGGCACUGGUGAAGAGAGGGUUUCUGCUGACAGGUAGUACUAUCAUCAUCAAUGUGACUUCUAUACUGUAAAAUUAAGAAUAUGAAAUGCAGGUGAACUCUUGGCCUAAGGGUUUUUGUGUUUUCUUUAUAAAAUAGAAAAACAAACAAA